AUAAAUAAAUAGUACAAAAAAAGGAAUAAGGAGGUUAGUGUUCAUGGACCGUUCAGAAAUCUGAUGGCAUUUUCUGUGUUUUUGUUUUAUUCUUCCAUAUUAUUUUUGAGUAUCUUAUUGGGGAGCCAUCCAACAAGGUCCGCCACAAAGACCCAGAACCCUACCUCGUACCUUCUGAACCCAUUUUUUCCAGAGUUGAAGAACAGAAAGAAUUUCAGGCUCCGUCCGCCUGCCGGUGGGUGGGGUGAGUCGCGCCGACUGUUUGUGGAGGAAUGUGCGAGCCGCGCCGUGCCUCUGACUGACGUGCGGAAGAGGCAGGACACGGCACUAGGAGCGAAACCGGACUAACCCGAGGCAGCGAUGGCGCUUCGAGAGGAGCUGUUGAAAGUUAUCUGGCAUGCGUUCACGGCCCUGGAUGUCGACAAAUGCGGCAAGGUGUCCAAGUCCCAACUGAAGGUUCUCUCACACAGUCUGUGCACAGUAUUGCAAGUACCUCACAAUCCAGUGGCUUUGGAAAACCACUUUAAGGAUGAUGAUGAAGGACCAGUUUCCAACCAAGGAUACAUGCCAUACUUGAACAGGUUUAUCUUGGAUAAGGUUCAACCGAACAGCUUUGAUAAAUGUGACUUUAACAGGAUGUGCUGGACUUUGUCUGUUAAGAAAAAUCUGAACUGCAACAACUUACUGAUCAGUGAUGAAGAUGCCUUCAAAGUGUGGUGUAUCUUCAACUUCCUCUCAGAAGAUGUGUAUCCCUUGAUCAUAGUCCCAGAGGAGAUUGAGUAUUUCCUCCGGAAGUUGACCGAGGCAAUGGGAAUUAAUUGGCAGCAGGAGCACUUUGAAGAUUACAGAGCUCAACUUGGAGCCAAACGGAGUGGACUUUCUGUUUGGGAAUUCAUCAAACUGGUUGGCUCAGGGUUGUACUCGAAGGGCAUGAACAGACAAACAUUAUCAAUGGCAAUCAAUGAAGUUUACUGUGAACUCAUCCUUGAUGUGAUGAAACAGGGGUACAUGUGGAAAAAAGGACAUAAAAGAAAGAACUGGAAUGAGCGCUGGUUUAUGCUGAAGCCUGAUUUAAUUUCGUAUUAUGUUGGUGAAGAUCUGGUGGAGAAGAAGGGGGAGAUUUCACUGAAUUCUAAAUGCUAUGUGGAGUCCCUACCAGACAAAGAUGGAAGGAAAUGUCUCUUGCUGAUAAAAUGCUCUGACAGGAAUUUUGAGAUCAGUGCAUCUGACAAAAAAAAGAAACAAGAAUGGAUCCAAGCUAUUCAAACGGCCAUCAACCUACUGAAGGACGAAAAGCUUCCUCCACACAUAGAAGGUCGUCAGAAACGACGAGAGCUACGGCAGAAACAACAAGCAGAGCAGGAAGAGCUUGCACAGAGAAUGAAAGAAUUGCAGCUGGCAAAUGAAGACAAGCAGCAAGAGUUGGAAAAAAUGCGGAAGGAACUGGAGGAGGCUGCAGGACAAGCUGCACUUGAGGAGCAGAGACGUCUGCAGACACAAAUGCAAUUGCAAGAUCGAUUCAGGCAGGAGCUGGAGCGAGAAAAAAACAUCAGAGAGCAGAUGGAACAGCAAGUAGCUCAAAAGUCUACCGAACUAGAACAAUACUUGCAACGUGUCCAUGAGCUGGAGGACAUGUAUCAGAAGCUUGAGGAGGCCCUUGAAGAUGAACGGCAGGCUCGACUGGAUGAGGAAUCUGUCCGUAAACUUCAAGCUAGAUUACUGGAAGAGGAGUGCAGUAAACGACAGGAUUUGGAGAAGCUUCACUUACAGCAACAACAAACUAUCCAAAUGACCGAAGCAGAAAAGCAAGAACUAGAAAAUGAGAGAGCCAAAAAAGAUCAGGCACUGGAAGUGGCGAUGAAGCAACUGGAAGAGCUUGAGCAGGAGAGGAAGCAAGCUCUUGAGCAAUAUGGGGAAGUGGCAAAAAAAUUAGAGUUGGCGACUAGUAAGACAAGGAACUGGAAGGACAAGGUGGCACAACAUGAAGGAUUGCUCCGACUUAUACAGCCAGGUUCCAAGGGCCCUCAGCUGAUCACUAAUUGGGGACCAGCUGCCUUCACAAAGGCUGAGUUGGACCUCCGGGAAAAGAACUGGCAGAAACAAAAAAAUACAGCAACACAGUAAUAUUCCAUCUCAUAACAUAUUAAAUAUUGGACUGUAUUUUGCCAGAUGAUCACCUGAUUACACACUGGAAGGAAGUGCCAAGGACAUACUCUUUGUGGAAGCAGUAGUGGUUUGACAACAAAGUAUUUUAUACUAAAGUGUUAAUAUUCUGCGUCCAAAUGUAUGUUGGACCAAAGUGGAGGGUGGUCCAUAUUUGAAGUUAACGUGUAUUUUUGUUAGGCUUUUCAAUAAAUGUCCUGAUUGCUUCAACAUUCUGUAAUUUAUGCAAUAGGUUUGAAAAGAUUUCUUUUUUGCUUGUCUCCUUUAUUGCAUUUACACUGGAAACUUCGAGCCAAAUAUGACUCUGUUGGCUUAGUUGAGUAAUUUUGAAACAAGAUGAAGUAAGCUUGCAUGAUGGAUUUCAUUUAUAGAACUAUGUUUUUUUUCAUGGAGGCAUGAAAAUGGGAAAAUCCUACAUCUUUAUAUGUAACUUCUCACUGGUUGGAUGCUUGUGCAAUCACAAUGCCAUGUCAUCAGUCGUUGAACCCUGAUGUGGUAAUAUAUAGUCAGGUGCUUGAUGUUCUGUUUAAAUCAUCAGGAUCUCAAAUUGCUCUUACCAAGAUGUUAAGGUGACAGAUUCUAUUUAGAUAUUUUUGGCCAUGCACUCCUUAUUUACCUUAACGGUAUAAUGCUUUCCAAAUCCUAAAAUGAUUAGAUUGGAUUAGGAUUAAGUUUGCAUAUAUUUUAAAUGGAUGUGUCAGUGAAAAGAUCAUGAAGAGAAUGAGGCAGAUUGAUGACAGUGAGUGCUAUAACUGAUACAGAAUUGAAAGCCAGUCAGAAUAUUUUCCAGAGGUUGUAAGCAUUGAAGAUGUGCAAAAUAUUGUCCUCCAGUAAAAGUGCUGAAUUGCAGAUAUUUGUACAGUGAUUCAUUAUUUGUUAUCUUUUAAAGUAAAUCACAUUGAGCGUCUUAGUUUACUUGAUUUAUUGAUCUGAAGAGUUUCUUAAAAGAGUUUUUAGGUUAUUCUAUAUAGUUGAAGUUAGCGGAUAAAAAGCAGUGUUUUUAAGUUGGCUCUUAACAUAAUAGAAGUGUCUUUCCUUUUGUCUAAAUGCAUAUUAGGAGUGAAUGCUAACUAAGUCUGUCCAUUGCAGUUGAUUGCUUGUGCAUUUUAUGAAAUGAUGUAUUACGAUUAUUGAAUACUCCUUGAUUGAACUGAUGCUCUGGUCAAUUAAAAGUGAAGCUGUUGUAUUCUAUUCACAUCCACCAAGAGGUUCUGAAGGAUUGAUUUGUAUGUAAUUUAUUCUUUUAACCAUUGUCUACCCCUCAACAGUUUUGUUGUUAAGAUAAUUGGAUUGCAUGCACAUGGUUGCUUUUACAGAAAGAAAUUGAAAUUUAUACAUACGUGAGACAAAGCCACCACAGAAUGAGGAAUAACAUCCAAUCAAAAUACUGAAAAAUGGCUCAUUUAUUGAAAGUAUCAUUUUGAAGAAAUUAUUGGCAGAGGAGGUCAAAGCAGCUGGUGUGCAAGGAAACGUCAUUAGUUGCAAAUGAAUUUUUACCCCAAAAUCUCACACAAGCAGUGUAGUUUUGUUGUAAUGAUUACAUUGAAGAUUUGUAUUGCCAGAAGCCAUGUGAGUUGCUAAUAUUGUGUCAGGUUAAUUUGCUUGUUAGUGAGGUGAAUGGCAGUGCAGUAAAGUCAACUGAUGCACCCCAAUGACCAGAACAAAUGGGAUUCAAGGCACACUGAAAUAAGCAGCAUGUUUAUCUCAUUUAUAUCAGGAAGGAAUCCAGGUUACAUCCAUCAUCUCUGCUGAAUUAGCUGAUCUCUUCCAAGGUGGCCACCUGCAUCACUAUAUUGUGCAAGGAACAAUUGGCCAGAGUUCUCAUUCCUGUUGAGCAUCUUAUUAGAGGUGCUCUCAUUGAAGACUUAAAUAAUCGCAAGAUUGAGCAUGAUUUCCUUCUGCUUCCCCAACCCCUAAAUUUAUAGCUUCCCUAAUCCCUAUGUUAACAGCAAAUCAAUAGUCUAGAAAUUCUAUUGCAUAGCAAACAUUUUUUGGGGCUCUCUGUGGUCCAAUUUUGCCUUAACUACUUGUAGAUUGUGCUGGAGAUUUUUUCUGAGUAAAAUCACAGCAGGCAUGACCACGCAGUAGAUGCUAAAGUGCGCUUGAUAUUUUCCCAUCAUCAGACGUGCACCAAAAAAUGUCACUGUUCACAUCAUGCCCAUUUCUGCCUAAACCAAGACAAAUUGGAGGAAAAAACUUCAACUUAGGGCUGUUGUGGAAUAUUUUCAGUAGAAGUGCAGCACAUGGUGCUAUUCUGUGGCUUUUCCUACUCGUUAGAGGGACUACUGAUAUCAGUGGACCAGAAUGGUCACAUUUAGAAGUUUUGCAGGCCACUCAACCACCUUCUAAGGUCCACAGAGGGAGUGUUUCUUUCCAGCAUUUAGCCUUAGUAGUAAAACUCCUGGCAGAACACAAUUACCUGGAGUGUCAUUAUGGUCACCAGUGCAUUAGAGAGGUCAUCCAGGCAAUGUAUACAUGAAGAAAGUGAUUUCAGUGAUUUUGAUUUUAGCAAGGAACACUUAAGGCACUGGGAUCUGCUGGCACUGCUGGCCUUCCAUGUGUACAGUUGGCCACUGAUGGCACUCAUGUCCACAACACCUCCUCUCAGUAGCCAGGACAUUGUGAACAGGAAAAGUUUUCACUUCCUCUAUGUGCAGGUCUUUAUGGAUCACAAGAAGAAUUUUCUCUUGGUGAACUGGUGUGCAGAUCACUGAGACAUGCCUUGUGUGAUCAUGCAAUUUCUUUCAACGUGGCUCCAUUGUGUGGUGGUUCUUAUUCCUGGGGGAGACCAGGCCUACCAGGCUCUUCUAACGGUGGACCUGGCAGGUCUCCAGGCCCUCUCCAUGAUGCCCAGGAGCUUCCUCCCAGCAUGUGUUUUGACCAUGUUUUGCCUUUGAGUUAUCAUGGGAAUUGUCUCCCUCUACUCUGCUGCUUUUCACUACUCCAAAGUGUGUGUUGCUGCUGCCUGGCAGCCAUACCAAGUGUACCUUUAAGGGUUGAUGCCUUUCUCUGAAUGCUGUGCAGCAAAGUGUCAGGAGGUGCUUGAGAUUUGGUGAGGUCCUAUCAUGAAGCAUGCAGGUCCCCUCUCCAUGGUUGUUUUUGAGUAUAAUCCACCCUCCUGCCAUUUCAGUGUUUUUUUUUGUCAACGUUGUGAUUCUUUGUAUGUGGGGAAACCCAACUGGGAGCUAGCAGUAAAUGUGUUUCAGCAUACCAAAAAUAAGAGCCAUCCAAUUUCUAGGGAAAUGUCAUUUCCCUAGUGUUAAUAUCACAGUCGCCAUCCAGGACUCCCAGUUACCCCAAACUCACUGUCAGCUUACAUAACUAGUGGCCACCUUGAUAUAUUACUUGGCCACAUCGAUCUUUGAUACUGUACCUCAGAACAAGUAGGGCCUUCAAGAAAGGAAAGGAGAGUUAGGCAGUGUUCCUUGGG